AAUAACAUGUAACUAAUAAUCAUGAACUAAUUUCAAUCCAAGUGACCCAUUUUCCAUAUUCUAUUCAAGCUCAAUCCACUUGGACUUACCUUCAAUUCAUUGUCCACAUACUAUGACAAGAAAUUAUCGUCUAGUUCCAUUUAUGUCUAUACAUGAUAAAUAUCAAUACAAUAUAUAAAAAUAUAUCUAUACACCCCCUUUUCCCAUAUAAGAAAAAACAAUUAAAUCCACUAGAUAGUGACCAAUCCUAAACUAGUCACUUUAUAAAAUAAAUCAUCUCAUACAACCCAUGGCUUAAAAAGAAAACCUACAAAAACAUGCAAAAAGCUCUUAAUGCUCCCAUAAUCAUUUGCCACUCUCACAUACCCUAUAAGAGGAGGUAAAUCUUUUGACAUAAAGUUUUUAUCAUGGCCCAACUCAAUGUUUAUUCUAUCUCAAUUAAUUUCCAUGCCAUGGAAAAACAAACAUCUACUUUACUUUCCCCAUUUCUUUUUCUUUCUUUCCCUGUUUCAACUCUGUUCUUCUAUAACCUUUCCCUCUCAUUCUCUCAUAUACUCUUCUUCAUUCCCCCUGAUUUUUCCCAAAAAGGCUGCUACCUUUCAUUAACAACACUCCUUUCGAUGCGAAACCCGCUCCAAUAUCAUAAUCAAUUUUGUUAAUCACACCUUAAUAACCCCUUGUUAUUCCCUCUUAACAUACAUAUGGGCUCUGUUUUUCCCCUGUUUUUGGUGUUUCUUCCUCUUAUAUCAUUGGCAUUGCCACCUUUGUCAUUGGCAUUAUCACCAUCAUCAAGUACGGAGAGACUAACAAUGACGGAGGGUAAAACAGUCAUUAACAUUCGAUCUCCUCGUCUCCUUGAUCUUGUUGUUCGAGACUACACGGUCGGGUUAUUCGACAAGAACAACUUCCAAACAGGAGUGGUGAGCAAUGUACAAUUACCUACAAAUCUCUCCGGCAUUAAGGUUGAUACAGCGAGGUUUCGAUGUGGUAGCCUACGAAGGUACGGUGCUCGAGUUAAAGAGUUUUACUUACGCAAAGGAGUUCAGAUUACUCCUUGUGUAGAGAGAGUUAUAUUAAUUAGACAAGAGUUAGGAUUAAAUUUGUCUAACAUGUACUAUGAUAAUUAUAAUUUACAAGGGUAUGAACUUGUUACACCAAUUUUAGGCCUAUUAGCUUACAAUGGUGGUGAUGAUUAUCAAAAUGUAAGUCGACCUGACCCAUUUGAGCUUCGGAUUAUUGCUGAUAAAGAUCCAAUCAAGGUAGAUUUCACCAAUGUGAGUCGAAUCGAUUCGAGGAGUAUUAAGGGUAUAAUGCCAUAUUGUGCUAAUUUUGAAGGCAAAGGUAAGGUGACACUAACAAGUAUGGUGUCACCUCAUGUUUGUGAAGCCAAAAGGCAAGGCCAUAUUGGAUUGGUGAUCAAGGUAACUCGUCCGUCUCCUCCGGUGGAGUACAAGAAGGGGAUAAGUAGAUGGAAAAUCGCGCUAGGGAGCUCAGUAGGGGCGGCAUUGGGUGCCUUCUUGUUGGGGUUGUUAUUGAUUGCUAUGCUUGUGAAGGCGAAGAAGAGGUCGAAAUUGGAAGAAAUGGUAAGAAGGGCUUAUGAAGAGGAAGCAUUGCAAGUUAGCAUGGUUGGGCAUGUUAGGGCUCCUAUUGCUCCUGCAACUAGAACUGUGCCCAUAAUUGAACAUGAUUAUAGACCGCCAUACUUUUGAAUUUUGUUAAAUUAAAAAUUAGUCUUGUUGAUGAAUCAAUUCUUUUCAUAAUUAAGUGUAGUUUGUAAGUUAAGUUUUAGUUUUGUAAGAAAAUAUUGUUUAUAGUAUGAUAUAAUUCCCUGUGUCUCAUUAAAUACACCUUAAUUAACA